AUGAAUCAAUUGAAUGAAAAAGAAAUAAAAUACAAAAAGUGUAUUCGAUGCAAACAAGUAGAUUCAGAAACAAAAUUUUGUGAGACGUGUUUUUCAAAAUAUUGUGAGAAAAAAUAUGGAAAAUGUUUUGAAUGCAAGCAAGUAAAUACACAGAAAGAAUGGUGUCAAAUUUGUAAUUCAAAAAGAUUUCAACAAAAUUUUGGUAAUUGGACUAGUGGUAAUGAUGACAUUGAUAAGUUAAUUCAAAAUACUCAAUUAACAGCGAGAAAUCGUUAUCAAGUAUUAGAAUGGAUACCUUAUGAUAGAUUUUAUAAUAUUAAAUAUGUUGCAAAAGGAGGAUUUGGUAAAGUAUAUAGUGCAAUUUGGAAAGACGGCUUUAUUUUACUUUGGGAUAAGUAUAAAAAUCAACUGCAAAGAUAUGCAAAAGUACAAGUAGCUCUUAAAAGUUUAAAUGAAUCGCAAAAUAUUACAUUAGAAUUUAUUAGUGAAGUAUGA